AUGAAGGUCUCUCAUAUUCUGGCGCUCAGCGCUCCCCUACUUGCUUUGGCAGCACCUACGCCUGCCAAUAGCCAACUUUCCAAGAAAGCCGAAGCCGAGAGCUUCUUCCUCCAGACUGAUGUCGGCUGGUUCGACGGCGGCGAUAAGAAACGUGCCAUAUCUGAGAAGCCCUCGACCAAAAAGCGUGCUCCAGCUGACGCUGACGCUGAAAGCUUCUUCCUUCAAACAGACGUUGGGUGGUUUGAUGGCGGAGAUAAGAAGCGCACUACAAUUGACAAGAGAACUCCGAUUGUGAAGCGUGAUCAGACUGAGAAACGUGAGCCUUCUGAUGCUGAGGCUGAGAGCUUCUUUCUUCAAACUGAUGUUGGUUGGUUUGAUGGCGGUGAUAAGAAGCGGGCGACAGGUGAUGCCAGAUCAAAGUAG